AUCUCGCCGCACGUUGAACGUGUUCGCCACAUGGAGUGCAGUGAAGUGUAGUGAUAUUGCGGUUGCUUUUUACCUUUGCUUUGUGAACGGUUUUUUGUGUGUGUGAGAGUUGAUGGUGCAUACUCUAUUGUAGCCGUAGUGUGAGUUCUAUUUUGUGUGGUUCGUUAUCUUUUUUGGACUGCGAAAUACGGUAUCUAAUCCGGGGAGGUAUUACGGAAAUUUCCCCCUUACGGUGACGGAAAUCGAAGUCAUCGUACAGGAGCGCUGUCGGGACGGCUGUUCAUCAAAAUGGAUACUUAUGUGAAGAAUUUGUUAAACGGAUGGAAUAUGCCAGAGCUCAUCAAAAUAUUUCAAGAGGAAGAAAUCGAUGAAGGCGCCUUCAGAUGUUUGAAGUACGACAUGAUUAAGGAGCUAAUCCCGAAGGUGGGCAAACGGGCCAAGUUUGUACUGAAAUACGAGGAAUACAAAGAGAGCCUAACGGAUCGGCCUGCGUUCGGCGAGCUGCAGCUAGAUGAGAAGGACAAAGCCUCAAACGCCCUGCAGAAGCCUUCCAACAUCAAUUGGAGCAGAAUCGAGCGGGUUUGCGGUUCGGUGCCGAUCUACCUCAAGAAUCUGCUGAAAAUGUGUGGCUACGAGCAGGAGAGCAGUUUACGGAACCUCAAUGACGAUGACUUUGUCGAUAUGGAACGAUUUGCCCGGGAAGAACUGAUCCACCUGGUCCCGCAAACGCAGUUCUACUUUCACAUCUUCUGUACCGAUCCUGCGCGAGAGUUCCGGUUAGUUCCCGGACAUCGGAAGCUGCUGAUGCAGAUGAGUGCCUAUCUGAAUUACACAAAUGCCGCUCAGGAACUGCAACGUGCCGAUCGCGCCGACCCCAUGGUGCAUCAUCGACCGGAACGGCCCGUUCCCGUACAGGAACGAAUGGAACGAAUGGAGCGACCCGAGCGUGUGGUGGAACGUGUUAUAGAGCGACCAGAAAAGCAGGAAAGAAUAGCAGACAUCAACCUGGUUAGAGAAAUCCGAGAGCAACGGGCCCUCAUGCAGCAACUGCAACUGCAACAGCAUCAGCAGCAGCAGGAGUUAGUGAAUCAAGCUUCCGAGAUGCUCCAGGACCACAUUCCCGAUAUCAAAAUUGCGUCCACCAAAAAUCCUCCCUUCGCCUUCGAGCAAGCUACGGUUUAUCCACCGCUCAGUGACGAAGUCCGAGUGAAAAAAAUCCAAAACAUUAUCAUCAAACUGAUCGAAAUGUGGAGCGACAAGCAACCGAUCAAGCUCACCCUCACCGAAGAAAUGAUCAAUGUCACGUACGAACUGAACGGCUACAACGCCUUCAUCAAGUGCCCAAUGUGUGCCGUUCAGAUCAAAGUGUCCAAACUGCCCACCAAGAAGGGCGACCGUUUCGUGAUCUCAAACUUUUCCAAGCAUGUCAUCAAGAUGCACUUCUCCCAGCAGCAACAGCAACAGCUCUCUCAGUCCCAGCAGCAGCAGAUGAAUGACAGCAGUCGGUCCAGUUUGGAGAACUCUGGAUUUUUCGGCGGGGAGAACUCCGACAGCAACAAUUACCCCUAUGACGAAUUCAAUAUAAAACGGGCGAGGCUCGAGGACGAGGACGAAGACGAACAAGAGAUUCCGCCGCACAUGCUGCAUCCCUUCGUGAGCAUCAAGGACGAAGUGAUCGAGCUGGAUGCGUAGCUUUUAGCACACAAGAGAUGUCUUUCGAUAGUAACAAAUUGUACUCUGGUAUACUGAAAAAAAAAAUCAAUAGCUAAUUGGUGUAUAACAUGAACAAGAGCUGAUAAACUCAUUAGGAUUUAGUUUUAUAAACGAACUAUUUAUGUAUUACUUUUAGUACUGAGGAGAUAGUAGGAUUUUCUCAUUUCCUGAUGGCUAUAGACAGUUUCUUUGUUACUGAUUAAGUUUAGGCAACACACAGCAUGGAAUAUAAAAGACUUGAAGCAUAUGUUUCCUCUCGUUGAGAAGAGAGGUUCAAUACUAAUUUACGAUUAUGCUGUGUACAUAGGCUGAUAGAUUAGGCGCCGAUUCGGAACGAUUCGGCGAACACAUUACACAAUAUUUAUGUAUCUGAUUCCAUUUUAUCAUCUUCCAAAUCGCGAAUAAAUCAUGUGCACCUGUUUCAUGUAAUGAACGUA